AUGAGCAAGACAGCUGUGCAGGAAUCCGCAACGGAAAAGGCUAAGCUUAGUGAAACCGAACAACACUACUUUAAUUCGUACGAUCAUUAUGGUAUUCACGAAGAAAUGCUUCAAGAUACCGUCCGUACUCUGUCUUACAGAAACGCAAUCAUCCAAAACAAAGAUUUAUUCAAGGACAAGAUUGUUCUAGACGUUGGUUGUGGUACCGGUAUUCUAUCCAUGUUUGCUGCCAAGCAUGGUGCUAAGCAUGUCAUCGGUGUUGAUAUGUCGAGCAUCAUAGAAAUGGCAAAAGAGUUGGUAGAAUUGAACGGCUUCGGUAACAAGAUCACUUUGCUAAGAGGUAAAUUGGAGGACGUCCAUUUGCCCUUCCCUAAAGUCGAUAUCAUAAUAUCUGAAUGGAUGGGUUAUUUCUUAUUGUACGAGUCCAUGAUGGACACCGUUCUUUAUGCUAGAGACCACUAUUUGGUGGAAGGCGGUUUGAUUUUCCCCGACAAGUGCUCCAUCCAUUUGGCAGGUCUAGAAGACUCUCAGUACAAAGACGAAAAACUGAACUACUGGCAAGACGUUUAUGGGUUCGACUAUUCUCCAUUUGUUCCAUUGGUUUUACACGAACCAAUUGUCGAUACAGUGGAAAGAAGUAAGGUCAACACUACUUCGGACAGACUUAUCGAAUUCGACUUGAAUACAGUGAAGUUAUCAGAUCUAGCGUUCAAGAGUAAAUUCAAAUUGACUGCCAAGAGACAAGAUAUGAUUAAUGGUGUGGUCACCUGGUUCGACAUCGUUUUCCCUGCACCAAAGGGCAAGAGACCCGUCGAGUUCUCCACUGGUCCUCAUGCUCCGUACACUCACUGGAAACAAACAAUCUUUUACUUACCCGAUGACUUAGACGCUGAAUCAGGCGACACAAUUGAAGGUGAGUUGAUUUGCUCUCCAAAUGAAAGAAAUAACAGAGAUUUGAACAUCAAAAUUUCUUACAAGUUCGAAUGCAAUGGCAUUGACGGUAAUUCAAGAAGCAGAAAAAACAAUGGUUCUUACUUGAUGCAUUAA